AAGGCGGUGGAGGUCAGAGUAGAGAAAUACAAGCUUUAAAAAUGUCACUUGCUGGUUUCACGUCCUUGAGCCGCUGUGGUGUUUUGGCGUUCCGCUCCUCAGCGGGAGCUUUGGCGAUGCGGUUCGCCCAGACAGCAGCUGCUCCAGAUGUUCAGGCCAGAAUAAAGAAGUUUCAGGUGUACAGAUGGGACCCAGACACACCUGGAGACAAACCCCACAUGCAGACCUUUGAGAUUGACCUCAACACUUGUGGCCCAAUGGUUCUCGACGCCCUCAUCAAGAUUAAAAAUGAGAUGGACGCCACUCUGACCUUCCGCCGCUCCUGCAGAGAAGGUAUUUGUGGAUCCUGUGCAAUGAAUAUAAAUGGAACAAACACGCUUGCGUGUCUCAACAAGAUUGACAUCAACAUUAACAAGCCCACGAAGAUUUACCCUCUGCCACACAUGUAUGUUGUCAAGGACCUGGUGCCUGACUUGAGUAACUUCUACGCUCAGUAUAAGUCCAUUGAACCAUACCUGAAGAAGAGGGACGAGUCAAAGGAAGGCAAGGAGCAGUACCUGCAGUCUGUGGAGGACAGACAGAAGCUGGACGGCCUGUAUGAGUGUAUUCUGUGCGCCUGUUGCAGUACCAGCUGUCCAAGCUACUGGUGGAACGGAGACAAAUAUCUUGGGCCGGCUGUGCUCAUGCAGGCGUAUCGUUGGAUGAUCGACUCGAGGGACGAGUUCACGGAGGAACGUCUGUCCAAGCUGCAGGAUCCUUUCUCUGUCUAUCGCUGCCACACCAUCAUGAACUGCACCAGGACCUGCCCAAAGGGGCUGAACCCGGGAAAGGCGAUCGCUGAGAUCAAGAAGAUGAUGGCCACACACAAGGAGAGGAAGACCGCAGCUGCAUGAACCCUCCUCCGCUGGCUUCUUGUGAAACUCAGAAAAUUAAAUGAUAUUGAUUUUAAAAUGCUUCGAGGUCUGAUGGGCCUGAGCGUCGGUCAUCUCCAACACCGCAUGUUUCUGACAGCAGUCAGCUGUUAGAAACGUGCACGUCCCCAGAAGACUUGGUGUGACACAAAUGCACAGCUGCAGCAUGAGCGUCGGAGAGGUUUGUGCAUUUUACAUAAACGAGCAGAGGUUUUCUCUGUUGUGUGGACAUUUUGCUAUUGAAGACUUUUUUUUUUUGUUAACAAAUUUUUUAGCUUGUUGCUUUUUAUCUUCCAUUUCUUUCACAAACAUACGGGUUAAAUGUUCCUCCAGAAUCAACUGCACUCGUUGUUUUAACUGAAAAUAAAUUAAAAUGUUUUUUUGCUGUUCUCACAUGUUUUGCUGUUUACCUGUCAUCUACUAAAAUCCACAUCUGGAUCAGGCUCCGUCCACCUCAUUGUCCCUGUUGUGCAGAGCUCAAGUUAAAAAAAAGUUUCAAGAUUUUGUUUUUUAAAAUAUUCUUCUGUUUUUUUUUUUACAGGAUAAACUCACUGUUAAAUCAAGAAAUAAUUGUCAAUAAGUUGCUAAUAAAGG